UCAGACUCACUCAGCAUGUAGAGGAGACACCUGGACCACCGAGGACACAGACUGGAGAUCUACGCUCGCUAUCGAUCCGCACGUAUCGAUCAGAUAUCGGUGAAGUCACUUCAAACUAAUAAAAUUCACACUGUGUGUUUUCAGGAUGGGGAACCUGAUCAAGGUGUUAACCAGAGACAUCGACAACAACGGGGGAAACUUCUUCUUGGACUUUGAGAACGCUCAGCCCUCACAGUCAGAGACGGAGGUGUGGGAGGAGGUGAACCAGGUGCUGACGGAGGCUCAGGUCAUCCUGGAGGACCUGCAGGCGUACAGAGGGGCUGGAGAGGAAAUCAGAAUGGCCAUCCAGAGUCCUGGUGUGGAGGGCGUUCAGGAGAAGGCCUGGUCUGCCGUGGUUCCUCUGGUCGCUAAACUCAAAACAUUCUACGAGUUCUCCCAGAAACUCGAGUCCAGUCUGCGGCGUCUCCUGGUUGUCCUCACCAGCUCUGCCUCCACUCCCACUCAGCACCUGGAGCAGAAACAGGCUCUGGCUCGACAGUUCGCCCACAUCCUGCACUUCACGCUGCGCUUCGACGAGCUCAAGAUGACAAACCCUGCGAUCCAGAACGACUUCAGCUAUUACAGACGAACAAUCAGCCGGAUGAGGAUCAACAACCUUUCUGCGGAUUCAGGAAAUGAAGUCAACAACGAGCUGGCCAAUCGGAUGUCGUUAUUUUACGCCAGCUCCACGCCGAUGCUGAAGACGCUAAGCGACGCUACGUCAAAGUUCGUCUCAGACAAUCCAGAGGUCCCGACUGAAAACACAACAGACUGUCUGAGCACGAUGGCCAGCGUUUGUAAAGUGAUGCUGGAAACACCGGAGUACCGCAGUCGAUUCACCAGUGACGAGACGGUGUUGUUCUGCCUCCGUGUGAUGGUCGGCGUCAUAAUCCUGUACGACCACGUUCACCCGGCUGGAGCCUUCGUUAAGACUUCCAAUAUAGACAUGAAAGGAUGCAUCAGAGUGCUGAAGGAGCAGCCGCCCAGCAGUGUGGAGGGAUUACUCAACGCUCUCAGGUACACGACCAAACAUCUGAACGAUGAGGCUACCUCCAAGCAGAUCAAAAACAUGCUGCAGGCAAAUUAACCCCCGAGCUUCAUCGGACUGAAACUGGAGCAAACAGGGAGACAACAAAAGUUUUUUGGUCCAAAUUUCAAAAGAACUACUGAACAUAUUUGUAGCUGAUAUCUCUGUGUUUAACCUCAGUGUUUUUGUUGUUUUUACUCUGAUUUUUAAAGCAGGUUUUUGUUGUUAUAAAAGAGGAAAAAUUAGAAAAAGAGAGGAAACUUUUUAGUUGGUUGAUCCAAGAAACGACUGUAAAAACGGAGGGAGAUUUUGAGCUGCAUUCACAUCACGUCAGAUUAGAAAAGGGAAAAGGCUCUUCUUCAUCCUAGUGGGCAAGGGAAGAACAUUUGGAUGUUUUUAUCGCGUUUGAUUUAGUUUAGUUGCAGUUACAGACUUCCAGCAUGUGUUGCAUAGAGAGAACGCUGCAGAGACGGCUGCUGCUGACGGUUCCUCUCUUAUCCUCCCAGGACAGGACGAUUUUAGGGCCUUUCCCCUCCCUUCCCAUCUGGAGAGAAGUAGGCCUGGUUCCUGAUUUUUGUCCAUAUAAUCCUCAAAAUUUGAGUCGUCAAUAUGGUUAUUCCCUGCCCCCAAUCAAAUCAGAGCCUAUCAAGAGGUUAGACAUGUAAAAAAGAUGCUAUAAUGACCAAGAUGGUGGCCAACGCCUCAAAGUUUUACGCUUAGAAGGCUCUUUCCUCUCAGUGACAAAGGCUGGAAAAGAACAUCCUAGAAAACAAAGAGUAUGAAGCAGCUUCAUUAUAAGCAUGACGCUGCAUACAGGCAAUGAAUUUUGUAGAAUUCUUCCUGCUGCAUUUACAUGUUGCAAAAGGAAAACCUCCAGUAAUUAAACACUGAGAAAUCAGACAGUAGGGGGAGCAAUUUCACCUUUUAGUUUAACUUUUGACUGAUGAGACAUUUCCAAACAUUUCUUUUUAAACCUAAAAGUCAAUCCUAAAUCCCCAAAUGUCCAGAUUUCCAGCAUCCUAACGGCAGAGAAUAAUAAGAAUAUUUUUAGUUAGCAUGGCUAAUGCUGAUAUCACACAGAUGUUUUUGAUGAGGAUGGGCAGGAAGAGCGAGUCGUGGUAAGAAAAUCCCCCUGUUUGUGGUCAUGCAUGCAGUUAAACCUCAAAUUUAGGGAAAUUCAGGAGAUUUUGCUUGUUUAAAAUCAUCAAUAGAGGCUUUUUACAGGGGCCUGCAGGUACAUAUAUAUCAAAUUCUUAAUGAAAGUCAGGAUAGUUAAAGAUAAUAAGAUUGACAGAUUUUAUUGGAGAGACAACUUUUUAUUCAGCACAAGCUAUGAUCCUGAUUAUAAAAUUAAAAAUCAAAAUUCUGAGAUUAAAGUCAAAAGUUACAAUUCUGAGGAAAAAAAGUCAAAUUUCAGUCUUAUUUUUGUGUUGUUAGAAAGAAAAAACUUUUUUCAA